GAUUUAAGCGAGGAUUAGAAUCCAUGUGGUCGAUUUCGAUUCCUGUUGUGUAACCAAAGAGAUUGGUAAAUCGUAAUGUGUGAAGGUGUCGAUCGUUCCAUCUCCCUCUUACAUUCGCGUUAGUCAUUGCUCGUUGCGAAAGAAGUUUCGGGUAAAACCCAAAGUUGAGGAGUCAUUAAGUCGUCACCUUGAAGGCAGCAACAAGCAAACGAUCAAGAACGAACGUACGAACGAGAAGCCAAGGCGGAAAGAGCUCUCGUGUUGCCGUAAAUCAGGAGACAACAAUACAAAAAAAGCAAGAUGCAACAAAAGUAUGAGAGGAGAUUCGACUGAUCUCCACAAAAAAAAAAUUGAUCCCAACUAGAAUGCACUUUCUUCGAUAAAAUCGAGUCUUAACAUCUUGAAUUUCUCGUUAAUAAAUAAUUUCGGCGCAGUCCACGAUGAAAAGAGACGGCGAAAAUAAAUUUCAAAAAAAAUACCUACCGAUUAAUUACGGCAUAAAUUCCAAAGUAUAUGACUUAGUUAUUGGAACCGGUGAAAGUUUCGUGGUUUCAUAAUAAUACGGACGAAAGGACGACAAACAACUCGGAGAGAAGAAGUGAAAAAAAUAAUAAAAUAAAUUUAAAAAAAAGUAAUCGUAUUUCCCUUUCAUUUUUUAACGCAAUUAAGAUGCUUAUGUAGAAGCUAAUCUGCUACAAUUUCUGCGCAGUGGAAAGUUUCGUACCAUUUUAUUAUCUUAUUGCGUUAAACAUUUUUUUUGUUUGUCGAGUCUCUGGUAACCGCUAACCUGAGAAUUGUUAUGGAAACUUGCUGUUCAAUUCUCUUCUUUUUUAUUUCCCUCCUCUUCUUGGUCUCUCCUCAAUUUCGAUGAGCGAUGCUCAAACAAUUAAUUCCGCAAUUCACGAUCGCACAAUCCCCCCAAGGUGAACUUAUAAUAUAAUCUUUGAGGCCGUUAAACUUUACCUACGCACAUGAUCUAUCCUAGCAGUGCCGAAUUCCGCUCAGUAUUGUUAACAACAUCUAAGAUUGAGGAGUCCGCUAAAACGACGUUUACCUUCAAGAAUUUAUCUGCUUUUCCUUACUCCAUAUGAUGAAUGAUGCCACAGAUUGUCCCCUCGGCGGGAUUCACACCCCCAUGUGAUUACAGCAACUUCGCCGACGCUUUUGAUUUAUCUUUGCUUCCUGAUCUUCAGACGGCAGCGCAAGCGACAAAGCUGAAUUACUAUCCGCAGGAGAAGGCGGAACUGGAUUUGGGUCCAGAUUUCCAGAAGCUUUUGGCUCCAUCCGAGACGCCACACUCACCAGAAAGCAUUUAUUUGGAAGUGCCCACCCACAAGAACUACCAUCCAAACUCGCCGAUCGGAGCUUUAACACCUUACUCUCCUCAGUUGCUCUCUCCAAACUUCUAUCCAAAUUCUCCAGAGUUAUCGUUGUACACUUCAUCUUCGGAUGAGUACGUUCCAAAUUAUAUUAAGAAAGAGUACAACGAGAACAUCUACGGAUACUUGGACAGCACCCAGAUCAAGCAGGAGAGCACAGUCGACUUUACCGGAUUGUACGAGGAGAAACCCAAAGACCAUCAGCUACUCAGGGAAGUGCUGAGAGAUACGAGCUUCCAGAAGAAAUUUAACAUAAAACCAUUCGACUUCGCUUUCGAUGUGAAGAUGGAGGAGCCAGAGGAAAAAGAUUUCUGCACGGAACAACUGAAACCCGUCCUCAAUUUGGCCAUCGAGCAAAUGCGCAAAGACGUCGAAGCUACGUGCACGACUUUAGGAAUCUCAACAGAUCCAUCACAAUGGAGUCAGUCUAACGUUCUUUCCUGGUUGGAAUGGACGUCCAGACAGUUCAGCAUCCCGGCUCCAAUCCCAGAGAGAUGGGAUCUGGCUGGAGCGCCGUUCGUGAACCUCUCCGAAGAGGACUUUGUCGAGAGAUCUCCACUGGGCGGUGCCAUACUCUACGCUCAACUGGAAAUCUGGAAGGCUGCAUUCUCCGAUGAAGAGUUCGGAUCCAUGCACUGGCUUCCUGAGACCACAUCGAACGCUUCCAGCGGUGACGUUUCCGAUGAUGAGGAUGAAGAGAUGCAACCUCCCCCAUCGGAACCCACCAAAGCCACAACUUCGGCUCGUCCAUCUGGAGGCGGUUCUCACAUUCACCUUUGGCAAUUCCUGAAGGAAUUGCUUUCAACGCCGGGCGCUCACGGAACCUGCAUUCGUUGGUUGGAUAGAAGCAAGGGUGUCUUCAAAAUAGAAGAUUCCGUGAAGGUAGCCCGUUUGUGGGGAAAACGCAAGAACCGACCUGCCAUGAACUACGACAAGCUGAGCAGAUCCAUCAGGCAAUAUUACAAGAAGGGCAUCAUGAAGAAGACGGAGCGUUCGCAGCGAUUGGUCUACCAAUUCUGCCAUCCGUACUGCCUAUAAGUACAAUCCUCCCAAAGGAAAUCGCAAUCUAAAUUAUACAAAAAUUCCAUCCCAUACAAAUUUUUCUAUAAUUUAGCCUUAUUGUACAUAUUAAUAUUAUUUUAUAUUGGGUUUCGUUUUCGUAUGCUUUCACGUUUUGAAGUUAUCAAAACGUGAGAUUCAUUCAGUUUAGGCUAAGUACGCGUCCGCAGGGUAAGCUGCGCGCCAAUUUCGAAAUAUCACACAUAAUUUACAAAGCCAGUUAGGCUGUUAAGCGUAAAAGAUUGGAAGGUAAUUUCCACAUCUUUUAGAUUUUCCCUUCUGUUAUUUUUUUUUUUUCGUUUUCGUUUCGU